AUGGGCACGCGACAGCGAAAGGAUAGGAAAGGAGGUGCAGCUGGCAACAGCGAUCCUCGAGAAUCCAAACAACAGUCACAGCAAGCUGCAGUGUCUGAUGACUGCGCGCCGUCCAAAGACCAAGGGCCGCCUCAGGGGUUCUCCAUGAAGCCGGAUCUGAAGGAUCUCGGCAAACGCAGUACAAGUACCUUUGCUAAAGCAGCAAGCCUCGACCUUGGGGGUGAAGACGAUGGCUUGAUCUGGUCUGCCUCGAAGAGAUCUCCCUUGGACGUUGCGGUAGAUCAAGAGCGCCUCCGCAAGGAGAAGGAACGGAAGAAGGCCAAACGAGAGCAACGGGCAAGAGGAAACAGGGAGGGCUUCGGGAAGCAGAAGAAGGGGGCGAAGGGCCUCUCGAUGUCUGGCUUGCAGCUGAAAUUUCCUGGGUGGGAUGUUCGCUCUCGGCUAACGACUUGGCUAAUGUACUUCUUCGUGGCUGCUUCGAUUCUCGGUGGGAACUCCUGUGCCCCUGUGCGUUGCAUUGCUGGCGACGCAGGCAUUUUUGUGCUUCGCGCCCUCGAGGAGUAUUACUCGAUGGACGGAGAUGUCAGCGGAGAGCAGCGGCUCCAGCAUUUGGCUUCUCUUGGCCUCGAAGACGGUGCAUUAGAAGCCGAUAUUAAGAGGGCCUAUAGAACCCUUUCCAUCCGGUGGCAUCCGGAUCGAAAUCCCAACUGCGGAACAAAUUGCCAGCAGCGCUUUCAUGAGGUGGCGACUGCUUACGAGUUCCUUAUGCGCCAGCAGCGGCGAGAGAAGACUGGGGAAGAAGGGGUCGACAUGCGGUCUGAAGGGGCAGAAUUUUUUGACGGAUCAGAGGGACUUACAGGCGUGAAGGUCACUUCUCAAGGCAUUGCGGAUUUCUCGUCUCUAGGACCUCAUGAGGUGUUUCUGCCGACAGCAGACACCAAGAAUGUAUGGUCAAUCAUGAUUCACCAGGACACAGACGAUUGGAGUAAAUCGGUCUACGAGAUAUGGCAAGAGUCAUACCGGGCAUUGGGCAAGUAUGUGAAGUUUGGGGUGAUCAUAAUUCGAGGAAGAAGCGGCAAGGAUGUACUGAAGAGACUGCCAAUCAACGUCAAGAUCUUCCCUGCUAUUUUGCUGCUAACAGCUGGCAUGCACCCGGAACAAUAUCCAAACAUCAUGCGGCCUUCAGUGGAGUCUCUGAACCGCUUUAUUGCGGACGCCUUCCCCUCCAGUGUUGAUAUAGUUGAGAGCGCUCAUGCGUUGAGAUCGUGGCUAGCCUCUCCGCCUUCUUCAUCGCAGCCUUUGGCUGCUCAGUACAAAGCGGUGCUGAUUCCUUCUGCUGGCUCAGCGAGCAAGCCUUCUCUCCUUGUAAAGCACGCGGCGUUUGUGAACAAGCAGCUCAUGAGUUUCUGCUUUCUCGCAAAUGCAAGGUCGGUCUUAUCACGAGAAAAGGAGGCGGUAAUCGCUGUCCUCAAGGAUCCACCCGCAUGGAUCACUCCGAUUUCGGCACAGCCCACCGCCUCCAGCGCGCUGAAGCUGCCCGUUCACAUGAACGACCUUCAAGAGGAAGCGCUCGAACAAGGCUCUAACCUUCUGCUCUUCAUGGAUGAAGGCAGAGGCGUCUCUCGCGUGCAGGCUGUCCUUCACACUGUUCGCUCGAAACUGCUGAAUCCUGCGACGUCGCUGUCUCUUGCGAUAGAUCGCUUCAAGGAGGCCUUGCAGCCGCUGCUUUACCAGCAGAAUAGUGCGUCGCUUUGCAAGAGCUCACUGCAGCGCCAAGUCUUUUGCCUUGUGGUUCUGGAGCCGGCAGAAGACGUUUCUAGAAGCGACAGCCCGGAGGGCAGCACCAACCAAACCCUUGAUCUUGAACGCAUGAAAGCGCUUUUGCAGCUUUCCAAAAAGAAGUAUUUACUGGAGAAUCCGCAGAAAGAUAUGGAAUUAAUUUGGGAGCGCGCAGUGCAAACGGCGAAGAUGCACGAAAAGCCGCAUGCCCAGAAGGACGCAGAGGACGCGGAUGAAACGAGCACCUCCACGAACGAACCGGAAGAUGUGCAUAUCGUACAGCCAGACAACACGGAAGAAGAUGUCAUACACAUUCAAGUGGUCCGCGUGUCGGUGGGAAAGCCCGCUGCGGCGCAGUCUCUGCCAGGCCUACCCAAGGAAAGCCUGUUAUUGCGAAUGGUCAAGGAGGAACUAGACGACACUCCCGUCUUUUUGCUGGACCUGGAGAGCUCCCGUGUAGCAGCGUUACCUCCGCUGUAUGUGGAGGAGACGGGGAAAGCGAACGAGAGCAAGGAGAACGUGUACAAGCGACUCUAUCAGGCCCUUGAAGACCUGAAGAGCGCCACUGAUGACGAGGAGGAAACAGGCCUGCUGUCUUUUUCUCCACUGCCAGAGUACUGUUCUGGACAAAACUUUGCAAGACAGUGUCUGGCCAGUGUACAAAACUCUUGGUGGAUGCUCCUUAGUGCUGGGUGGUGGCUGCAGAUGUUCCUGUGUGGCAUGGUGCUGUUGUCGCUUGGCAUCGGCGCGUGGUCAGCAAUUCAACCUCUUGUAGGUUAUGUUUUCAGAAAUAUUUAA